UCUGAAAUAAGCUGGGAUUUCGUCGUCGCAUCGUAGCCUUGUGAAUUGCUUCACACUUCGACUGUUCAUUGUGUGCGAGCACUUUAUCGUUGACAAUCUCCAGCUACAAGAAGGUGAAUACGAAAAUAAAUUUCUCUUCACAUCAUAGGCAUUAUGAAAAGCUCACCUCUGCCCAUCGCUAUCCGUGUCAUCGAUCACAAUAUUCGUUAUGCUACAGGACGUCCCUUCAAAGGAGAAGAGGAUUGGGUGAAGCGCAAAUCAAAACUCAUCGCGGAGCUUCGAUUUCAUACUCUUUAUAAUCCUGAAUCGUUCAUUUGUCUCCAAGAGGUGCUUCACAACCAGCUACUAGACGUGCUCACAGGACUCAAUGCUGGAUCUUCAUUGAAUUCACCAUCGUUGACGUCAGAAUCUGACGCCUGGUCCUACAUAGGAAUAGGAAGAGACGAUGGCAAGGAAGCAGGAGAAUACUCUCCAAUCUUCUACCGUCCCUCUAUCUGGAAGCUAGAGCAUUUCGAAACUAUAUGGUUGUCGGAGACACCUGAGAAACCGUCAAAAGGUUGGGACGCCGCAUCCACACGAAUCCUCACCGUUGGAGUCUUCCAACAUUACGCGAGCCGAAAGCGGCUGGUUGUGAUGAACACCCAUUUGGAUGAUCAAGGUUCUCAAUCUCGCUGCAACGCCGCUAAAUUGAUCGUCAAGGCAAUCCACAAGCAUACAUUUGAUGGUAAUGGUCGAAUUCCGCUGCCAAUUGUUCUCACAGGAGAUUUUAAUAGUCAGCCCCAUCAAGAGGCCUACCAAAUUCUCAACGACCAGUGCUCGCCCAUCAGCGAUGUACGAGGACUAGUCGCCGAGGGUGGGCUAUACGGGCAUGAAAAUACAUUCACAGGCUUCGGGUUCGGAAAAGAACCGAUGAAGAGGAUUGAUUUUGUCUUUGUGGGGCCAAGGGAUUCGUCCGGCAAUGACUCGAACAGUGCGAGCAUCUCAUGGCAAGUUUCAGGAUACGCUGUCCUCGAAAGCCGGUUCGAAGACGGUAUCUACAAUUCCGAUCACCGUGCGGUGGUUGCGGACCUCUUACUGACUGCUUGACUGAGCCUGGCGAUGCUUUCAUGUUUUAAAUGUAUCAUUCAUCUUUUGUUGAGGCGUUUCUUGAAGUAAGCGUGGACGAUUUACAUGAGGGCAUACUAUUGUGGGUGCAACAUAAAAAGGCGCAGAGCGAUUCUCGAGAAGGGCCGAACGAAACCCUAUUGAUUUCAAUGGCCCCUCCGCAUCGCCUUAUAUAAAGAGAAAAAAAGGAGCUUUGUGUCUGUCCAAUCGGAGCCAGACGGAGGAUCAGGCGUGUGUGCGAUUUGGCCUUAUUAUUCCUGUGACUUAAUGAAAUAUAAUGCUAACGAUGGGGUGGCCAAGGCAAGUCCCAUCUUUUCGAUUGAUACCGGAGUUUGGGGCUGGCACUAAUCCAUGGGCAGACCCAGAUUCCGUGUUGUCGCGGUGAGAAGAUGCAGAUUGACC